GCUGGUGCAAACCCAUUUGCACCAGUAUGGGGGUGCAUUUAGGGGACCAUACAGGUUCUUUUGACAAGGAUAGGGGCAUUGAUCCAGGUGCUCCAGGCUAUUUGCCAAAUGUCAAACCAGUUUCUGAUGACCAGCACAACUACACUUCAAGCACUGAAGGCCUGUGUGACAGUGCAAACCCUGCCUGCCUGCAGGGCAGUGGAGCUGCUGACACUGUGGCAUCCUUGCAGUAUGCUGACCUAGCUUGCUGCAAUGACCAGCACAACUACAUAUCAAGAUUCUCACCCUCAAUUCAUCACACCCCUCCAUGGACCCCCUCUUCUGACAUCACCAUCUUACUGGCAGAAGGAACUUCUGCCUCCCGCCUGGA